AGUCUUACAGCGUGCGUUUCGUCACGUCCUGUGGCGAUGAGCUUCCGCUUCGGCAGCACUGCUGCCAUUUCGCUGUGUGCUUAAGAUGUUCACGGACUACGCCGAGUGGAUCGUUAUUCUAGCGCAGCCAUCUCGGGUCGUAAGCGUAUAUCUGCAUAGAUAAGCGGCAGACUGCGGAUUAGCGGUAGUAAAAACAAAAGCAUAUGCGCGGAAGCUGUCUCACAUGCACUUGUGUCAGUGCGGGUCUCGAGUGAGCUAGGAAGCGCUCAGUACCUGAGAAAGGACAACCGAAACUCACUGGUUCCUGGAUGGCGAAGCUCUGCAUUGCGCUCGGACUGUGCGCCGCAGCGGCUUUCUUUUCACUGUCCCAGUUUGCAACACGGCGAGGCAGGCAGGGUGAUGAUGUGAAAGCCCUGUGCUCAUGGCUAACCAGUUCUUCUGUGCCAGAGAGAGUGAGGCAGUGGGCGCUGACAUCGCCACUCCUGAACUGUGCUGCUUUACUGUCACAGCAACGAGUGGCAUCGACAACGCCGACCAUCGCUGCACCGCUGGAAGAUCAACAUGCGACGGUCCUUCCCAGCUUCCACCGUGCUUUCGACAGAGUCGUGGCCUUUAGAUUAUGACGAAUUUACAUCUACAAGACUUCAAGAAGAACCGGAACAGGAAGUGACUACAACACUCAGCUCUGCACCACCCGUCAUGACGCUGAAAAACGUGGAGGCUACAGAAUCCGAGGCCUCAACGCAGUUUCUCACGGACUCCUGGCCUUCAAAUGACGAUGCCUCCACUUAUACUAGCCAGAUUUCAUCGCACAUCGAAGAGUACCAGACAGGGUGGAGUGGAAAAGCUACAUAUUCAGAAGCUCUAUUAAGUGUUCAACGAAAACAAGACACAAUAGCAUCUUUGGACGAUAAUUUAUUGGAUCUAAAUCAAGAUUCUGGGACAACUUACUUUUCUGUCUCAGACAAAAACGUAAAGCCUAAAGAAGUUAUGACACCUAAACCGGCGUUCAUAGCAGACCAACAUCAAGAUCGACAAGCAACACUGAGAACAGAACCCAUACUCCAGUCUUCGAACGACCUGGAUCGAGAGAUAACGACAAUCCCAUUUUCAAGCUUAAAUCCCACGUCUCAACAGAGAGAAACGAUUAAUGGCAAGCCUGUCACGGAGUUUGACGUAAAAUCGGAAGACAAGGUCAAAAUUAGCACAGUUUCUUUUUUACUUCCGGCUACAGGGGAAGACGUUACCACUGAGUUUGUGACUCCAGAGACAACAUACUCAAAUUUAGAGAAGCAAGAAGCGCUCAGUACCAUUUCUGGUCUGCCCACUGUAUUGAGGCAAGGGGACAAGCAACAGUUUUCACAAUCAACAACACCAGUUGAAUCUGAUAUGGAGGAACACGAAACGACUACGUCGCUACCUUCAGAACCGUCAUUAGCACCGAGUAAACUGGAACGAGAUGCUAAUUUUAGUAUUUCAACAUUUGACGUGUCAGUGCAGCACUCGACAGAACUGCCUAGCGCUUCUAAAACCAGCACCGAUCUCGAUGCGCAGACUGAAAAACAAACCACGGUGGCGCCACUGCCGCGUAAUACAGUGUCAGAGGCUCAGACCAAAGAUGUUCCGACUGCCGAUUCUCUGUCCGGAAUUCCCUCGCGACAGCCUGAAACGGACAUCAGCUCGCCCUAUACAUUCGUCCAGUCUCACGAUCAACGAGGCACCAUUGAAUUGUCCUCGUUUCUCCCAGUUUAUACAUCAACAGUAGCGAACCUGAAGACAGUGCUGCCUCCAGCGUCAGACGUCGUCUCUCAAUCAGAACAAAAUACGCAUGCAUACCUUCCGUUUCCCGAGUCACCCACCACUCCAAACGAUAUGUACAUUGCGACUACAACAGCGCUUCCUACACCCACUCUAGUAAACCUUGUUGAAGAAGUGGAAACUAUGGAGUCAACAACUAAGGAUCUCAGCCUUGAACACCAAGAAGAAACGACGCAUGCGUCGGAGCCCCUGUUCGAACCUUCUAGCUCUCUGAACAAGCAAGACAGCACCACGCCGUCAUCACUUAUCGCAUCUCCUUUCGCAAAUGUUGAAUUGGCAACAACUACGGAGCCCACACCUGAGGAACCUGAAGGCCCAAAGAUUGUUUGCUACUUCCACGCGUGGUCAUUCUUCCGGCGUGGCAGGGGUCAUUACACACCCGAGGACAUUGACCCGCUGCUUUGCACGCACAUCAUCUAUGCAUGCGCGUCCUUGGACAACGACUCGCUCCAUAUCGCCAGUGCUGACUACAAUGCAGACAUCAAGAACAACUUAUACAAUAGGACACUAGCACUGAAGGCGGUGAACCGUCGGCUGAAAGUUCUGCUCUCCCUGGGAGGCUGGGACGGCAGCACCAGCGAGGACAAGUACUCGAGCCUUGCCGCAAAUUCCACUGCCAGGCGCAGUUUCGCGCGCCACGCGGCGACCUUUGUGGCCGAACACCGCUUCGACGGUCUCGACGUUGACUGGGAAUACCCGAACUGUGUCGGCGGCGAAUGUCGCGAUAACACGCCGGACAAGAGGAACUUUGUACUGCUACUGCAGGACAUCAGGGAGGCAUUCGACAUGUUCAACCCACCUUUGCUAUUGACAGCUGCAAUAGCCGGAAAUGUGGAAGUCAUCAGGAAAGCUUAUCAUGUGGCCGAAAUGUUCAACGUGACGGAUUUCGUCAGCGUCAUGGCAUACGACUACUUCGGCACCCAGAACCCCGUCGUUGCUCACUACUCCCCCCUCCAAAGUGCCACGGGCGAGACCAACCCAGAGAUGAGCAUCGAGUACGUUGUGAAGACCUUGAUCGCUAUGGGAGCACCCGCAGAGAAGUUGGUGUUGGGCGUCCCGUUCUACGCCAGGUCGUACACUUUGGCCAACCCUCGCUUGAACUACAUCGGAGCGCCCGCCAAAGGCAAAGGCGAGCCCGGUCUAGUCACGGGUACACCUGGAAUCCUCGCUUACUACGAGAUAUGCAGCGCUAUCAAGGCUGGUGGUUGGACAACUAUGAUGGACCCGAGAGCGGGCGUCUACGCCUACUCGGGCGACCAGUGGGUCUGCUUCGACGGGCCCCGCUCGUUGAUGCGUAAGGCGCGCUUCGCCCUCAAGAUGGGGCUCGCCGGACUUAUGGCUUCGGAUCUCAGCAUGGACGACUUUCGGGGGCAGUGCGGUCGCAAGGGUCCCCUGCUGAACGCCAUCCACAGAGUCCUCUAUCCUCCGAAAACCACGGCUGUUGCGAAGGGCAGCGGCUGAGCGAAGUGACGUGGAAUCUGCGGACAGUUCCCCUCUACUAUAUAUGGGCAAAAUCACGACUUGAUUGACGCGUCGAUCAUCAAACGCAGUUGUAUUGCGCAGGAGUUGACACUGCCUAUACUACGAUACUAUGCACGCGUCGUACGCACGCUUCGAUCGCCAUUUUGCGUACUUGCGUGGUAUUCCGUUUCUAUCGAGUUGGCGCAGUGCCUCUCAGCAUUCUUUCGCGUUAUUCUGGUCAUGCAAACUUCGAGGCACUAAACCCGCCUGGGCCGCAUUGUUUUACUUGGAAGUUAUGUUGUCGCGCGCUCAGCGCAUUUUUUUAAAGACUAGCUUGCGUUGUUUCCAGCACUCAGGUACGCUUUACUUUCUAAAUAUUCAUCUUACACUUGCUUAAUCUUGCGCGAUGGAGCAGAAAGCCCAGGCACUUUCAGUUUGCUUUGAAACCAGCAGAUACUUCGCGUCAUAUACUUCGAGUCACCCAAGUACACUGGACAUCAUGUGCUCACAAUGUUACCAAGAGCACGAGAUAUAAGUACUAUAUAUAAAGCACGGGACAAUAAAAUGAGCGCGCAUGAAGAUAACUACGCUCAACUAGAAAAUACGCGUGACAGCAGUCCUGACUGAUGUCACGCACAAGUGAUCCAUUGCACUUCGAAAGACACGACUUAGGGCAGGCAAAGUAUAUAGAAAGUGUUUGUGCCAGAACGUCCUUGGCCAUUCAAAAAUCUUGCGUCAUGGCGUCAUGACGCCCGAGGACUCAUUACCAAAAUAAACAAAUCGCAAGCACUUCGGCCGCGCUAACUACGCGUUUGUUGGCGGCGGGGAGUGCCGGAUGAGCAAGUCCUCCCGUGGUGGUGAUCGCAGCUGUUAGAAUAAUAUCCGAUGACUGAUUAACUUUCUCAAAAACAUGGCCAUCAUAGACGUCUGUUUUUUGUUUUUGUUUUCAAAUCACCUUUUCAACUAUUUCGAUCCGUACAGGUCCCGCAAACGAACCAAGAUUUUUAUUUAGUAGUACUCAUCAACGAUCACGAACGUCGAGCGGUGAACAAACGGCAACCAGAUCCUAAAAUCAGGCAGACGUCGUGUGCGGGAUUUAAUCGAAAAGUGAAAGUCAUGAAAAAAAAUAAAAAGGCACGCCUUGAUGACGAUUAUUCGCUCGUUCGUUCUUAUUCUUGCUGUCGUUGGUCACAGACUUCGGCAGUGAGUUAUCGCUUCAAAAGACAUCUGGACGUCGCUCUUUUUCAUUCCAUGGUUGGCUCCCCCACACCAUGGCGAGGGCUCGAAUUCACACGGAUACAAAUGACGAUAUUUCUAAGAAAAAUGCGGACAAAAAGAAACGCAGUCGCAAAAUGAUGUCUGACGGGCUACCAAGCAUCCCGUCUUCCAGAAACAGCAGAUACACGCGAGAUUCUACCUUUUUUU